AUCAGCAGAGUGCGCGUAUCAUUGUUCCAGUUUGAUUUUGCAAAAGAUGCGAUGUCGAAUUUGCCGGAGCCACUGGGCGAAGUUACCACCAUGAGCGAGAAAAUAUAUGUACCGGUGGACGAACAUCCUGAUUACAACUUCGUUGGAAGAAUAUUGGGUCCGCGUGGUAUGACAGCGAAACAACUGGAGCAAGAAACUGGCUGCAAAAUAAUGGUCCGUGGUAGAGGUUCGAUGCGCGAUAAAAUUAAGGAAGAGGCGAAUCGUGGGAAACCGAACUGGGAACAUUUGUCGGAAAAAUUGCAUGUGCUAAUACAGUGCGAAGACACAUCCAAUCGUGCAAAGCUGAAGCUGAAACGAGCUGCCGAUGAAGUGAGAAAACUACUCGUCCCUUCGUCGGAAGAUGACGAGUUGAAGCGCAAGCAGUUGAUGGAGUUGGCGAUCAUUAACGGUACAUACCGCUCCGGGAAUAUUGGACAGACAACUGCUGCUGCUGCGCAAGUUGCUGCUGCAGCUGCAGCGAGUAAGAAUUCAUUAGCAGCGCUGCAAGCUCGUCUGAUGGCCCCACUUCCUCUCGCUGCUGGCCAGCCGAACAAUCUUCGAUCGCCUGGCUUAGCCGGCGCACCGAUUAUCCUGUCACCGUCACGCGGUGCUACGGGACCAUCUGCAGCAACGGCUGCUGCUGCAGCAUUGGCAGCACAAUUGCAAGCAGUUGCAAAUCAACAAAAUGUGGCGGCGGCACUUUCACAGCAAACUUCUGCAGCGGCCGUGGCCGGACUGCCGGCGCAGCUACUCCAGAAUACGGCACUGACACCGAACGAUUUCGGACAACUAUAUCUCAAGUAA